CCUUCAUGGUGGUGAUGGUGUGCCUUCUGCGUUACGCCCAGGUGAUCGAACACUGCCACCGAUGUUGGGUGAACACCAGCGCUCUGGUCUCCGGCUGCACCAACGCGCUGGGUCUGGUCAUGGUGGGAAACUUCCAGGUCGAUCAUGCCAAAUCUCUCCACUACGUUGGCGCCGGUGUGGCGUUCCCAGCGGGGCUGCUGUUUGUGUGCCUGCAGUGUGUACUCACCUACCGGGUGGCUGUGACCGCCCUCGACUACUGGAUGGCCCAUUUCAGAGUGGCUCUGGCACUGGGAGCAAUGGUGUCCCUCGUCCUCAGCGGCAUCUUCUUCAUCCACGAGAGCUUCGUCCUGCAGCACGCCGCCGCCAUCUGCGAGUGGGUCUUCACGGUGGACAUCCUGGUCUUCUACGGCACCUUCACCUACGAGUUCGGCACCGUCACCAGCGAGACCUUGAUGGCGGGGCUGCAGCAGAGCCACCACCUCGGCUCGGGGGUCAUCAUGGGCCCCAGGGCCCGGGGCUCGACGCUGGGCGGAGCCACCAAAGGCCUCAAGUCCCCCGGGGGAAGCAGCACGUCCACACAUCUCAACUGUACCCCCGAGAGCAUAGCCAUGUUGUAGCUCUGCCACGUCCCCGCAGAGGUGCAUCGUGGGCGAGACGAGGAAGUUGUGAUAUCUUUAUCCCGUCUGUACUAUCUUUCCUUUCUUUCCCAGCGUUGGUCCGAGACGCCACUGCGGCCCUGUUCCCUGUAGCGGAGGGAGGGCUGAAUGUGUGGAGCCAGUUUGACCACUGGAGCCAUGAAUGUUUUCCAAGAUGGCGGUCGAAUUCUUCACUUGAGUAUGUUGUUUCCCAAACAGAGUUUUUAUAUUCCGGUUGUUUUUUUCUAUAACUGUGCCCACAAUGUUCUUCCCGCUCCCCCACACACACACACACUCCUUCAUGAGCUACCCGAUGCUUUGAUGGCCCACCUGUUUUUGGCCUUUUUGCUUAUCUCUGCACGGCACACUUUCUGAAUGAGAGAAUAACAAUUAACGUUUGAGUUUGCGUAGUCCGUAGAAAAUAUUGAAUGUUUGAGAAGUGACUAGUUAACAGUUAUGUAUGUUUUUACAGGCUGUAAAGCGUUAUGGCCUUUUUAUUCAAUCAAAGCGUAAAUUAUCUGUCAAACGAUCGGCAACAAAUCAUUCACCUCACCCGACACGUUGAUUCGGUCGCACAGAUGAUUUCAAUGCAAAUUUUGAUGGUAUUUUUAAACAUAGUGUGUGUAAACGUGUAUCAUUCUUGAGAUCAUAAUCCAUUUCACUGAUCCGAGUGCAGCUCAAUCACUCGUCUCCCUGGAUGUCCCACAAGUCGUGUGGUCGGAUGAUUUCUUUGUGUCAUUCCUUCUUUUCACGUUCGAUACAGAAUCCAAAAUCAGAGAAUUACAAAACCAUUCGUUAUUCGUUUAUAAAUCCGCAAUAAUCCCAAAGAAAGCCCACAAAAUCGUGGAGGGGCGGACAGCUGAUAGUUAACUCGCUGUCUCCAUGGCAACAGCGUACUUCCUGUUUCUUGUUUUUACCUUCACACAGGUGAAAAUACGGAGAUCGUAUUCACACAUUAAAUCAGCUGUCAGCAACUUCCUGUCUCAAAUCAGACACGUUAAAUAUGUAAAAGUGGGAAAAAUAAGCUGUUAUUAGUUUGUUGUGCUGGAUUUAUAAACGAAUAAUGAAUAAGUAUUUUUAUUCUGUUGAAUAUGAAAAGAACAGAUGAUGAAUUUACAUUUCAUGCUACCUUUUUUUAUGUUUUAUUACAUUGACUGUCCUGUCCGGUGCAAUAAUUGCCAUCAAUCAUGUGAUCGUUUCCGCUCCUCUGGAGUGAACAAUGCCUUUUUCAGUGUGUUGGAGUUGAACAGCGCUUGUUUUUGUUUCGUUUGAAGAAAAAGUGACACGGAGACAUUUGAAGUGAAGGUGCUUUGAAGGUUGAAACUAUAAACCGACUAACACACGCAGAGAGCGACAGUUCUCGUCCACACACUGAUUCGAUUCCAGGCUGGACCCUUGGAAGCCUUAUUUGAGUUUUCUGUUUCAAUACGAAGCCUUUCAGUAGUUGUAGGUUCGCAGGAGUCGACUGAGAGCGGGAGAUGAUGCUCGGUGACUUUGUGCCAUAAACCUCGUGGCGUCAGUACAGUGUUACGACCAGACAGCACCACAGGUUGGAGACUUGUAAGGUGAAAGUGUGUCACAUAUAUAGAGGUUUUUUUUUUAUGAUUUCCUGUUGCCAAUUUCUCUAAAAGUGAUCAUUGAUCCUUCCUAAGGCCCGCCCCUUUUUGCCCUGUGCUCUAAUAAUAGUCGAACGGUCAGAAACGUCAAAUUUACAUUAAUCUAGAGUUACGUUUUGCUAAAUUUCGCCAACUCAAGAUGUGAUUAUCAAUCUUUAAAUGUCAGUUCAACGUAGAUUAGUUUAGCACAUUGCGUAUCUAUUGUUAUCGGAGCACAGACCAAAAGUGGGCGGGACUUUUAGGGUCAAUUAGCUCACAACCUGACUGCCACAAACUACCACUGCUCCAACUAAAGCUGACUAAUGCCACCCUGUUUCAGUUCCACUCAGUCUUUUGUGAGAAGUAAGUUUCAUAACACGCACAGUAUUCUGCCCUCUGCGUAGUGUUAAUGCAUUUCUAACUGUUACCACUGGAUGCCAGCAAUACACGUUUUUAAAAAGGUCACAUCACCUACCUCUUUUUAUCUUUUGUGGGUUUGAUGUUCUGAGGCAAAAGCUAGAGUUCCAACAAGUUUAUUUUCUUUCCAUCUAAGUUGUUUGAGGUCGAUGUUGUCUCAGUGAUCCACAGAGACCGGACGGUGGAUCUGCUGUUACAUGAGACGUGUUAUCAUGUGUCGGGUCAGUUUUCUUUACAUUUUUUGUGCAAAUGAUUUUCUUUCUGGGACUGCAGCAAUCUUGAUCUUGCCAAAAAAAAGAGUGGAAUCCACAGGAGGUUUGGUUGUUUAUCCGUGUGUCUGCAGUAGGUGUAUGAGUAUGUGAGUGCACUGUUUUAGCCUUAUCCCUCGUACUGUGCCAGGGGAACAUGUUCUUUUAUUUUUUAAUCUUGUGUUCAGCUGUAGCCUAUUUCACCAUACUGUAACUAAAGUCACAAGGUGUGACUACAAAUGGCAGCUUGUAUGAGCCCUCACAUCAGGGUUGGAUAUUCUUCUGUAACAGCAUCUCCACCACACCACCAUCUUCCACAGGCCAAAAUUACAGGUGGAUUUUUACAACCUUUCUUCUUUUCUGUUACAAUGUGCACUUCAGUGAGCUGUCAUAUGGUAUCUUUGUUUGUGGGAGAGUCCUGUAUUACAAAAAGGCUGCCUGACCUGUACACGUCUUGAACUCUAGCAACAACAACAAACAAACGUCUAUAAAGAAAAUGUAUUAAGUCUCAUUUCCUGGAUUUGAAAAGUAUGUAAGAGUCAGAGAAAUCCCCAAAAACAAGUCGACACAGAUGAUUUUGUUUCCUUUUAUAAAUUCUGUAAAUAUGUAUGAUUUGUCUAUCAUUUAGGUAUUUUCAUUUGACAGAGAUUUAUAUUCAAAUACGAAAUAAAAAUGAUAAAUUAUUA